AUGACUGGUGUAGUUAAAGGCAGCAGAGUGCAGCACCACGAUGCCAUUGAAAGCUGGAAAAGCCUGUACCUCUACGAACAGUUCGUCACUCAGUGUGAGAAAGAGGUGGCCACAUCAACAGAGUGCACCGAGGCUGGGGUGUCUGUGAGUCAGGGUGGAGAUCAAGAACUGGAGAAUCUCGUCACUAAACUGGCCAUCCUCAAGGACCUACUGUCCUCCAUAGAUAAGAAGGCUCUGAAGGAUCUCCAGGAUAUCAGUGUGUCCUCUCUCCUCACCCCCCUGACAUGCCACAGCAAGGCCAUUCCUGUCCACGCCUUCAAGGUGAAGCCGGACAUGUACCUGGCUGAACUGGCUAAAAUAGGGAAGAGUCAGAAACACACACUCAGCGUGGACGUGGAGGCGGGAAAAUUGGUGGUGAUGAAGAAAGUGAAGGACACACAGGAGGACUGGACCACCUUCACCCAUGACAAGAGUGAGACGGGGAGAGUGAGAUGGGUGGGGGGUGAGAGAGAGAUGAAGGGAGAGAAAGAGAGUGAGAGGGACUGGUUUUACACUAGAUUAUACUUUCUCCACUUUUCCUCUCCGAUGAGGACAAACGUGCCCUUGUGGUGUGACCGGAUCCUGUGGAAGUCUUAUCCAGAAGCGCACAUCGUCUGUAACUCCUACGGUUGCACAGACAACAUUGUCACCAGUGAUCACUCACCUGUGUUUGCGAUGUUUGAGGUGGGCAAGCCCUCACAGUUUGUCUCAAAAAAAGGUUUGCCUAAAUCCUCAGAGCAGGCUUACAUUGAGUUUGAGAACAUUGAGGCCAUUGUUAAGACGGCCAGCAGAACCAAGUUCUUUAUUGAGUUCUACUCCACAUGUCUGGAAGAGUUUAAGAAGAGUUAUGAGAACGACUCUCAGAGCAGUGAUAGUAUAAACUUCCUGCGUGUGAGCUGGUCCUCAAAGCAGCUGACCACACUGAAGCCCAUCCUGUCUGACAUUGAGUACCUGCAGGACCAACACCUACUGCUCACUGUCAAAUCCCUCGAUGGAUACGGGUCCUACGGAGAGUGUGUGUUAGCACUGAAGUUGAUGAUUGGCAGUACAGCUCAGCAGUUCCACACAUAUCUGUCUCACUAUGGUGAAGAGACUGGAAACAUCCGUGGCUCCAUGAGGGUCAGAGUGCCUUCUGAGAGAAUGGGGACCAGAGAGAGACUGUAUGAGUGGAUCAGCAGGGAUAAGGACGAGACCGGAGGGCCAAAAGGGAAAACACUGCCCUCUAGAGCAGGACAUGAUUACAUCAAGCCCACACCCAGCAGGAAGGAGCUGAGUAAAGUUUCAGAAGAAGGAGAGAGAAACACUACAGGACGACCUGCAUACACGCACACUACUGCUAAAGAGGAGAACACACAGACCAGGUCGAAGCAGACAGACUCUGCAGAUGGAGAUACCACCACAUGCAAAAAUAGCUUCAACAAUCCUGCCUACUACAUCCUCGAGGUUGUUCCUAACCAAUCAGCUGCCUUGGCUGCAGACCUGCUCCCAGGUUCCGCCUUCUCUCUGCCAUCUGCAUCCAAAUCACCGCCCCCUGCAGGUGGAGCUGGGAAAGGCAAAGGUUCCAUCCAAGCACGUAAACAGACGGUCGGCCGCCCGCCACGGCCCAUCAGCGAGGAGGGGGGAUCCUCUGAGGAAGAUGGAAGUUCCGGUUUGACCCGCCCACCUCCUGACUUCCCACCCCCACCCCUCCCUAAAAGUGCUCUUGAAGUGUCGGAUGCCUUGUUUUUCCAAAAAGAGAGCAAACCUUGGCUGCACCCUGACAUGGCAGACAUCAAGAUACCAGCAACCGUUUCCUCCAAGCCUCUUCCCUCCCCCAGCUUUGCCCUGCCCCCUACAGGAAGCAGAGCUUUCUGUCUGGACCCUUCGCCAGGACCCUCGGCUUUCAGAAGAGGAGGCGGGACUUCAGGAGCUGACGACCAGUCAUGUUCAGUACUUCAUCUGGCCAAGAAAUUGAGUGAAGUGGAAUAUGUGAGCGGAGCAGGAGGUGUUGGGGGGACGGGAUUUAGGGGUGGAGUCAUCCACGGUCGAGGUUUGGGAUUUAGUGAAAGUUGUCGCACUUUUCCUCCUCGCUCCAUCCCGGAAGACAUCAUGGCCGAGGACCUGCCUGAGGAGGCUCUGUGGCAGGGUGGUAGCAGUAGUAGCAGGUCAGUGGACUCUAGUGUGGGUGAAUGGCUGCAGAGACUCGGAUUGGAGCACUAUGAGGAGGGCCUGCUGAGGAAUGGCUGGGACGACCUCGAGUUCCUUAGUGACAUCACUGAGGAGGACCUAGAGGAGGAGGGCAUGCUAGACUCUGCCCAAAAGAUGAUCCUAUUGGCCAGUUUUGAGACAGCAGCAGCAGAAGUGAGCAGAACAACUGCAGCAUCGCAAACAUCGUCUUUAUCCUCCAUCUUCCUCCUCAGUCUAUAUCUUCCGCUCGACAGUGUUUAAAGAAAAGUCGACAUGUCGGUCACACACAGUUUCACUACAGGCCUCGAAUCUGCAGCUGGGGAUCAACUUCCUGCUUCCUGACAGAGGAGGAAGUGACAUAAUCAGAGUAUGCCUGAGAGCUUCAUCCACAUUCCUUUUGUUUUCUCUUUUGGGUGAUUGGCUUAUUUAGUUUAUUCAUUUAGUCUUAAUGAUUUUAAUAAAGAAAAGGGAAAGAAAGAAGACAAAUUCAGUGAAUAAUUAUUAAGUUUAUAUACUUUAUUCUGUGUGUGAGAAAGGACAUUUAUGUUUGUUUUAUGUACGUUUUCUUUUGUAUUGUGUAU